AUUUAACUAGAUUUUUGUGUGUAGUAUGACUAAUUUCAACUCAACGAUAGCUUCGUCCCAGGAAGCUAUUGGUGAUGAAGAUAUUGUAAGAUCGUUGUUUAAGGGAAUGGGAANAGAGGAAGAAUCUCUCAACUAUGAAAAAUUGUCAACANCAAUGUUUGAUGCUGCAAAAUAUGGAAACACUAUGAUUUUAAAAUUUAUUUUCAAGUAUUAUCCAGAAUUGUUAUUUGAAGUGGAUUCCACCAAGCAAAGAAACUUACUCCACAUUGCUAUUCUACANCGACAAGANGCUGUAUACAAACUAAUANUAAAGCAGGGAGAUUUCAAGAAUAUGAUGGUACAAUUGGUUGAUUUUAACGAUAACAAUGUUCUUCAUUUAGCUGCAAAGUUGGAUAAACCAGAACAAAAAUUCNGAUUAUCAACAAACUAUGUUCAAAUGCGUACUGAGGAGACAUGGUUUCAGGUUUGUGAUAUUGCUGUUCUUGACAUCUCAGCAACAACCAUUGAUCAAGAUGAAUCAAAUGUUAAAAAUAUUCCUUCAAGUAAAGGCUUUAAUUUUGAUACCGAGGAUGGAGACAAGGUAUUACCAGGUUUCCUUGAUUCAAUAAUUGGAAUUCAUCNAGGUGAAUCAAAGUCUUUUCCUCUUGUAUUUCCUGAAACUUGGAAGCAAGAAAAUCUUCGAGGUGUUCAUGCUCAGUUUAAUAGGAACAUGGCAGAAAAGACGGGAGAGGAAUGUACAAACCAUUGAAAGAGCAAGUGUUCCAGACGAAGGAGGUGGCAUUCCAUAUAUGGUGUAUCCCAUCACAUUCAGAGUCAUUGCAUCUACUAUUUCCACCUUGUAAUUGCGUAGAUCUUCCACUGUUAAAAUACCACCAGCCUCUUUGACAUCCUUCACUAGCUUUUCAGCAAUGGUGCCACCACCUCAAAGGUGCGACCGAGCUCCUCAUUUUUACACACAUCCCCUUCUUUCAGCAAAGUUCCUUCGGGUGCAUAUAACUUUCUUAACCAAGGAUCAUCCAACAUUACCUCCAUUAGCUGUUACACGUUCCCACUUGUUCAUACAGAAUAACUUGUAACAAAAAGCAUUAAAAAAAUAAAAAAGGAAACUAACUAGGCCGUAAGGGAUAAAAACACACUCUUUAAUAUUCUCUUCGAGUCUGUGAUCAACAGUUAAGAGGAAACAACACCACCCUAGGCAUCUAGAUCAUUUUUCCAGUAAAGAUUAAAACGAGUGCUCGAAUAGGAAAAUUAAAUAAGAGCAAAGAUCCAAUCAAAAGAAAAAAGAAAACCACACAUAGGUAACAAUUGGAAUGAAAAAGGGAAAAGAAAUGAAAUUGAAGAGGAACCAUACACGAAGUGAAAAAAAAAUCUCGAGAGUUAGAUAUGUGAGGGCUGAAAUUGGGGAGGGGAUGGGAAAAUUAGUAUAUGAUAACAGGUUUUUGUAUUAUACGUUAUAAUAAAUUUUUAAUUUAUUGGCAUUGUAUAUUAUAAUUGAUUUUUAUAAUUCCGUUAUAAUAUGUUUGAACUUAUCUAUAAGUUUGUUACUGUAUUGUAUAUUAUAACUGAUACACGAAGUGAAAAAAAAAAAAA